AUGCCUUACAUCACAAUGGUCGCUUACCCCGACACCCCGACAGCCACCUUCGACGAAGAGUACUACGUUCACAAACAUCUGCCAAUGGUCUUCCAGCAAUGGGAAAUGUACGGCUUAUUGGACUGGAAGGUCAUCAAGUUCGACAAGAAUCCUGGUGAUUCAAGACCAUACAUUGCUGCAUCCUACAUGACCUGGAACUCGGCCGAAAGUUUCAAAACAGCAACGGCGACUGACAGCAUGGUGUUAAUGAUUGAGGAUCUUAAAAAUUUCAGUAAUAUAGAGCCGGUGUUCUUGAAUGGGUCAAUUAUUGGGUCUAGAUAA